ACACUGGGUCCACCUCCAAGGCACGGGCUGUAGAUCCUUCUGACCACUGCUCCUCUCCCAGGAAUCACUUUUAAAGCUUUUCUGCAGUUUUUGGAUUUUUUUUGGGGGGGGGCGGGGAGCACCUUUGCAAAUCCAAACCAAACAAAAUGGCACCAAAGAAGGACGUAAAGAAACCGGCAGCAGCCGCAGCGCCCGCUCCCGCGCCUGCACCCGCGCCCGCGCCCGCACCAGCUAAGCCCAAAGAACCAGCAAUUGAUCUCAAGAGCAUCAAGAUCGAGUUCUCCAAGGAGCAACAGGAUGACUUCAAGGAGGCCUUCCUGCUCUUCGACAGGACCGGCGACGCCAAGAUCACCCUGAGCCAGGUCGGCGACAUCGUCCGCGCGCUGGGGCAGAACCCCACGAACGCCGAGAUCAACAAGAUCCUGGGCAACCCCAGCAAAGAGGAGAUGAACGCCAAGAAAAUUACUUUUGAAGAGUUCCUGCCCAUGCUGCAAGCAGCUGCUAACAACAAGGACCAGGGCACCUAUGAAGACUUCGUUGAAGGUCUGCGUGUAUUUGACAAGGAGGGCAACGGCACAGUCAUGGGGGCUGAACUCCGCCACGUCCUGGCCACUCUGGGUGAAAAGAUGACAGAAGAGGAAGUAGAAGAAUUGAUGAAAGGUCAGGAAGACUCCAAUGGCUGCAUCAACUACGAGGCAUUUGUAAAGCACAUCUUGUCUGUUUAAGUGGACUUCCUCAGAUACCAGGUGA